AUGCCCGAACAACGUUCAACGGUUACUACACUGGCCGCACCCGGCUCGCUCGCCGACAUAAUACGCCGGGAGCCUCGUCUCUUCGUUCUACCGCCCUACUGGACCUAUAACCAUUCUCGGGUGCUUGGCGCACGCUUCUGGGAGCAGCCUGCUAUCACGCGGCCGUUCCUCGAGCAGAAACUAAGCGUACCGCCCAAGCCAUCCGAAAUGGCUAAAGCGCUGAUAUUGAACCUGGAUACGCUUUUAUCGUGGGACACCCUGCCUGAGAGAGCCUUAGAGGCGAUGGAGCAUGUUAUGGCGACCUUCUUUCCUGCUACAUUGCACAAGCCCCAGACUGAUGCAAGACUGAAGCUCUACUUUGGGGAAAGAGUCUUCAAUAAAGCGGUUUACGUUUCGUCUCUAUGGACGAGCAGCAGCACCGACGGCUCUGCCUCGACCAUCUUAAGCGCGUCGGUUCUGGCGUAUGUCCCUAGGGAGCGGCUGCGGUCGAAAUUGGUCGCCCCUGCAGAUGCCGACCGCGAUCCUCACAUUGUUGCGACUCUGCUCGCCAUGGCGCAAGCGCACUUCUACAAGGAAACGUCAUUGACGCCCCCCGUCUUCACGCCAGCCCCGCUCUUCCAGCGGCCGGUGGCUCACACGAAUGCCGACACCCCGUUCUACGAUGUUACCGGGCAAAUCAUUACCCACCAGGGCGAGGGCGAGAGCGCGAACUUCGUCGUAUACACCGCCGUCGUGAUAGCGACAUUCCUCAGACGCUUCAUGUUUCCAUACGAAGGCCCGGACUCUAAAGACAGCAAGUCCGGAAUGGACAUCUCGGUGAGAAAAGUUAAGGUCUUUCCAAUACUUGGCUUACGAGAGCGGUUAGUUAGGGCCCUGCUCCCCGAGCUUGUGGAACCGUAUAGUAUCUAUUUCUGGGGCCCUUUGGUGGAACGGAGUCGCAAGCGGAAGCGAGCGGGCAGUGGCAGCUUUGAAGAGGAACGUUCCGUCGCUUAG